GAGAAAAGAAACGAAGAAGAAGAAGAAGAAUCAAGAAGAUGAAAACAAAAUGUCUCUCCUGGAUUUGCCUGACUUAACCUUAGACUGCAUCUUAGAGAAGCUCUCUCCAUCUGAGCUAUGUGCAAUGACUUGUGUUUGCUCUGAGCUAAGGGACAAAUGUAUAAGCGACCAUCUAUGGGAGAAGCAUAUGGAGAAGAAAUGGGGAAGAUUGAUGGGUGAUGCAGCAAUACAAGAGUGGAAAUCUCACGUUGCUACGAUAAUGAGAUGUCUCAGAAGUAGUAGUAGUAGUAGGAAGAGUAAACCAAACUGGAGUUCGAGGUUUGUUGCGAGUCUUAAACCCUUUGCAUGGUUAAGUUCAAACCAUGGUUGUGACAACAGAGGAUCAUCAACAUAUUUCGCACCUAUUGAUUCUGUGAUGUAUUGGUACUCAAACCUUGAGAAUGGCAAGUUUUGGUUCCCUGCUCAAGUCUACAAUCGUGAGAACGGACAUGUUGGAUUCAUGAUGUCUUGUUACGAUGCUAAAAUCAGAUACGAUUUCAAGACUGAUACAUUUCAAGCUAGAUACUCGGCGCAUGGCCGGCGAGCGGCGGAGGAAAAGGUGAGGUGGCAGAGGCUGAGACCGUCUCAAGACGACACAAAGUCACGUGAUCUACACGUGUCAGAUUGCUUGCACGGACUUCGACCUGGUGACCAUUUCGAGAUCCAAUGGCGAAGAACCAAAGAAUUCCCUUAUGGUUGGUGGUUCGGAAUCGUUGGUCAUCUGCAAAACUGCGACGGCGGAGAAAAUUGCCGUUGCCACUCUGAUGAGAAUGUGGUGAUGGAGUUCAGACAAUUUAGACCGGAGUCACCGUGGAGAAGGACGGUGAUAAACAGGAAGGAACACCGUGAGACGGGAGAUGAAGAAAACGGUUUCUACGGCGGAGUAAAGAAAUUGGGUACGGAGGAAGAGAUUUCUACAUGGAAACGAUUGUGGCCAUCACAAGCCUUGGAAUAGUGUUACUUGUAAUAGUUUUGGUUUCUACUUUCUAGUGAAAAGUGAAAACUUUGCUAAAAAAAUUGUAAAUUAAUU